UAAACAUUGAACAAUGACAACAGAAUCAUCUUAAUAUAUUUUUGGCGCAGCUGCUCACGUAGACUAUGAUGUUCAUAUCAUACGAGCCAAAACAACUCUGUCAAAGGCAAUACGUCAGAGAUAUAAUUGUGUUGAAUUAUAAAAUAAUGGAUGUGGUAAAAGUAAGCAUAAUGCGAUAGUUAAACUUACAAACAUUUGUGUUCAAUAUGUACUGCUUACUGAAACAAUGCAGGUUUUUAAACAAAAAAAUUGUACGAGCUUUAAGUACAAGUGAAAUUUCUACAGCAUUAAGACCUUUUUAUUUCACUGUUCAUCCUGAUCUUUUUGGACAGUUUCCUACACAAAGAACUGUGAAUGAAAAUUCAUUAAAGCAGUUGAGUUCUGCUUUAGAAACUUUGCAACAGAAAAGAGCAAUCAGACCUACAACCUUGGCCUUUUAUUUACGUUCUAAAGAUGAAAAAGAAUUAAAAGCUGGAAAAUUUACAUUAGUUAAUAUACAAUUAAAUCAACAGGAUCUUCGUAAAACAAUAAUUUCUAUACUGAAAGCAUGUAACUUGCCAACUACAUUCAUUGAUAAGAUUGAAGAGGAAAAAUCAUCAAAAUAUGAUGAAAGUUCCAGAAAAAAAAAUUUUCAUAAUUUUGCAGGACAAGAAAUCAAUUUUUCUGAUUUCGAAGAUGACCCAAUUUAUGCAUCAAUUUUUAUGAAACAGAAAAUAGUUUCAGUUCCUGAUACAUUAAAAGCUUAUUUAGAUAAAUACGUUAAUGACGCACACAUUAAACUUGAGGCAUGCCGACCAAUAAGAUCAGAGGUGAAAAAGUUAGAAAAAGUUCUCUCAACGAAUCUUGGUUUAAAAAAAAUUAUUUGGGACUGUGGAUGGAACAUAACUCAUUAUCGUGGAUGUUUAUUAGCUUUUCAAGCUUUAGCUCAACAUCACCCAGAGCCAAUGAAAGUUUUAAAAGACAGAACCUUAGUUUUUGCUAAUGGUACUGGCAUAAGUGUAGAAGGAAAUGUGAUGCUGAAUUCUGGAGAAGUUCGACAUAAUUGGUUGGAUCUCAUAAAAAAUGUACAAAAAUAUGAUGUGGUUCUGCUGAGAUUGCCUGCAUUUGAAAAAGCUGUAUCUAAAGUGCUAUUAGAUAUUAAAGUUGGUCGAAGGAUACUUUUUAUGUGCAGAAAGUUUAUGCCCAAAGUUAUGGUUGGCCAGUAUGAAUCUCAACUUAGACAAUUAACAACUACUUUGUCUGAUUAUUGUGGAAAAAGAAAAUAUCCUAAGUCUUGGCCAGAAAGUUUAUCUGCUUAUGAAAUUGUAAUUGAAGCUGAAGCUGGACCCCUAAUGUUGUCUCCAACUGGACAGUUCAUUGUGCCAUCAUCUUGCCCUAGUUUUUUAUUGAUAAGUUUUAUAACAGAAAAUCUUAAUGAAGCUAUGAAACGGUUACAUCACUACAAUAAAAUAAAAUAUCUCGAAAAAGAAUUGCAUGAUAAGACUAUUCAAGAGUUAGGUCUAGCUGCAUUGAAUAAAGAUGACAGCAUUACACCUGAUUUGAUGAUACAGUGUUGUGAAAGUUUAUUACUACAUAAAAAAAUAUUAUCGCCUAUGUUAGAUGGUGUGAUGCUGUGGGUGACUCACUAUUAUUCUGUUAUGAAUGAUGGCGUUUUAUGUGUACCAUGGGAUUGGAAACUUUAAACAACUUAUUUACAAAAGUUUUAAAUGUUUUUAUCAUUAUUCUAAUACAUCACUAUAAAAUAUUUUAACGUAAUUGUAUAUAUUGAAUCAAAGGAUUAAGUUAAGAACUUAUUUUCUGUAAUGAUAAAAAAGGAAAAUCUAUACAUGUUAUUUCUAUUAAUGUAUAUAGAGAAGAUUGUUCAAUGUUGGCUAAUAAUAACUAAUUGAGCUCACAAAAUACCAAAAUUGAGCCGAACUACCGAAAAAAUUGUGAUAACAAUACAUUUUUUUAUAAAAAAGUAAAA